AUGUAUCUCACAAUUAUCGUUGUUGCUUGUUUUAUCAGUCUUCUUGUUAUCUACUUGUCGAUUUUAAAAUCUCGAUAUUCAUAUUUUCAAUGUCGAGGUAUUCCAGGCCCUUCGCCCACUUUCUUUCUUGGCCAUUUCGGUAUUAUAUGGUCGACGAAAUCUUAUUCGCGUCAAUUACAAUCAUGGACGAAACAAUUCGGUUCAAUUUAUGGUAUUUUUGAAGGCACUCGUCCAUUCUAUGUUGUGUCCGAUGUUGAUUUCCUUCAAAAUAUAUUUAUUCAUCAAUUUUCAUCCUUCAAUUCACAUCGCAUUUCUUUCCUUUACAAAUUAUCUAAAUCAGUACAUUUGAUUGGUGCUGAUUCAGCACGAUGGCAUCAACAACGACACGCUAUCAAUCCUGCAUUUUCAGCCGCAAAACUCAAGCUUAUGGACCCACUCAUCGAUCGAUGCAUCGAAUCAUUUAUCGAGAAAUCAUCUGAAAUAAAUCAAGAAAGCAACGAAUUUGAUAUCUAUAAGUUAUAUCAACGAUUAACCAUGGAUGUUAUCUGUCAUUGUGCAUUUGGCAUUGAUACAGAUAUGCAAAAUGAUGUCGAUAACGAGAUGAUGGCUAAAGCAGCUGUUAUUUUCAAACAAGAUGUCGAACGCAUGUCAUUGACAAAAUUGAGCUAUCUUAUGCCAUGGUUAACACCCAUUCUCACUCGAUUCCUUCUCUUUCAGACAGUUCUUUUUCAUACUCUUCACAGACUGGCACCUACUAUUUUUCCCGAUCUUACGGAUAAGAUACCUCGUUUUUGGCUUCUCGCAAGAGUCCAACAAGUUAUCGAUGCGCGCAACACCGAAUCAGGAGCAGAUACAGCGAAACGAAUUGAUCUUUUGCAAUUGAUGCUUGAUGCGAAAACUACGUCGCAGCAUGAGGAAACUACACGUGAGAAAGGACUGACCAAUGAUGAAAUCAAAGCAAAUAUUUUUCUCUUCAUGGUUGCUGGCUUUGACACAACAUCGACAAUGUUAGCGAAUUGUACUUACGUACUAGCUAUAAAGCCUGCAAUCCAAGAGAAGCUUUAUGAAGAAAUUCAUAGUUUGGAAAAAGACAAGUUUGAUUAUGAUACAAUAACUAAACUAGAAUACAUGGAAUUAUUUCUACGAGAAGUUCUUCGUAUGUAUCCUGCUUCCACAAGUGUACUCACCAGAGUAUGCAAUGAAACAACAACUGUAUGCGGUCAUCUUAUUGAGAAAGGAAGUGUUAUUCAAACAGAUUUAUUUACAAUUCAUUAUAAUCCUGAUCUAUGGGGCCCUGAUGAUCCACAUGAGUUCGUGCCUGAACGGCAUCUAACCAAACGACAUCCAAUGGCACUUUUAACAUUUGGUGCUGGGCCACGUAUAUGUAUUGGAAUGCGAUUUGCGAUGAUGGAGAUCAAAAUGACUCUCGCACGUUUACUACACGAUUAUAAAAUAUUACCUGGUAAACAUUUAGAAGAAGGCUUUCAACUUCGUGAUGGAUUUGUUAUACAGCCAGAUGCUGUUUAUAUUAAACUUCAAAAGCGUAACUAA